CUUGGGAAGGAAUUUCUUGUUUUGUUUAUGCAAAACCACCCAAGCGCAAAUGGGUCUUUGGUAGUAAAAAUAACUACAACCAACAGGUCAUCUCUAAAAAUAACGAGUUCUCGAAAAUUAAACCAAACUAUGAAAUUAAAAAUAGAAAGGAACACUUUAACUUUAAAUUUUAAUUCAUAUGCAAGCAUUCCCUUUCCUUUUGAUUUGGCUUGCCACGAGUUAGUAACUGAAUACAAAGCGGUCAUGAUAAGGACUACAGAUGUAACCGGCGUAACAUUGUUCGACUCAAAUGACACACUUACAAAUGACGGAACUUUGGUUAUUCCUACCCACAAAUUAUCGACUGAAUAUCUUGUUUCAUCAACAGAAGGACUGUAUGUUAGUUCUUUCCAUGCAAGCCAAUUCACCGUUGGGAUUUUACACAACAAUACUAAUUUGAAUAUUACAUUUAACAUCAAGAAGAACGAAUCUAUAACUAUAGACGGAGCAGCGUAUUGGUCUGGAGGCGUUUAUAAAAAGACUUUUGGAGAAUUAGACACCUUCCAAGUUAGUCAUGAAAGAGACCUUACCGGAACCUACAUUACAUCUAAUAAACCCGUCGCAGUGUUUUCUGGGAAUAAAUGCCAGGACUUUUUAGGUACAAAUUGUAGUCACAUGGUGUCCCAAUUACCCCCAAUCGACCAACUUGAUGACAAUUACAUUAUCCCAUCAUUUUUCAAUAAUUCGGAAACUUUAAUACAAGUGUUGAGUCCAUUUCAUAAUAACGUAAACGUUAGUACAGGAAACGAUAAAUCAAGGUUCCGUCUAAAUAAGAAGGAGCACAGCAAUAUUAGAGUUAAUACUACUGAGAUAACAAUCGUGAAUUCAGAGCGUCCCGUUAUGGUGACCGGAUAUGCUAUGGGUUCUUCUUCCAAUGGUCCUUAUAUGACAGUUAUCCCAGGCAUUAACCAAUACCUUGAUUACUACAAAAUUGUAGUACCCGACCAAUACAGAGACAAUUACCUUUGUGUUAUUAUUCCAACUGGAUCAUAUAACAACCUUUAUAUCAACCAAAUUCCUGUUAGUCAAUUUGAUGCAGUAUAUCAACGGUCAGUUAUUUCGUCGGGUAAAUCAUUCUACGUUCGAACAAUUCCAGUCAAAGAAGGUGUCUACACCCUAAGGACCACAGAUCAGGAACCGUUUGGACUCAUUGUGUACGGUCAUAGGAAGAAUGAUGGCUAUGGAUUUGCAGGAAAUUUUGUUUUACCUUAAAAGUAUCAGAGACAGAUUUCAUCUUUGUCUAGAACCUUUAUUCAACGAAUAAACAACAACCCCAAAAAUGACAUGGCUUAAUUUAGUUAUCAAUUAAUAUUUAGCCUUUAUAUGAAGUUAUCUAUCCUGAGUUCAAUAAAACAAAUGUUAAAAUUUAAUUAAAAAAUGAAUCAUUGAUUACUGUUGUUUCAUUAAUUUUUGUGGGUAUCAAUUUUCGUGGAUUUUCUGAAAACCACAGUUUCAAAGAUACGUAAUUUCGUGGCCAAUGACCCUAUCAAUACAAAAUGUUAGUUGAAAUUGAACUUCAAUGAACAUUUAAUUUCGUGGAUCAACUUAACAACGAAAUCCACGAAAAUUGGUAUUCAACGAAUAUUGAUGAAACCACAGUAACUGACGUUUUAUUGAUAAUAAGAAAAAGAUAAUGUAUUGUCUUUUUAAUCAAGGAACCCCUUUGGGAAUUUGUUGAAAAAGUACUAAAUUAUAACGUUUAUUUCACAUGCGUAUAUUUGUAUUUCUGCCAGAGGGAUUUUUCUUUUUCAAAUAUAUGAAAACUAUUGUAAAAAGUCACCAAACUAAGAAAUAAAAAAUAAAUGUUUACCUCAUGGUUUGAUCCAUAGAUAAUAUAAAAUUUAAUUUUUUUUUUCUUGAAAAAGAAAAUGUGCAUAUUGUAGUACAUAUUUAUAUUGGCUUUAAAUUAUUAAUUUUUUUUUACAAAGCAACAGUUUAAAAAUGCUUAUAUGUUUCUCGUUUUCUUUCAUAAAUCCAUCAUCGCUAUGAAUAAAUGAGCUUAUAACACUUUCAUUUCUUUAACUUUAUAUAAAGCUUAAAAUACUGAGAAACGAUGGUGUAGGCGCCAUUUUAGCAUUUUAAACUUUUUUACUUUAUAGUAAACGUUAACUUAUAUAAUGUUAAUUUUGUAUGAAAACAGAAUUCAUCAAAAGAUUAUACGUGUAACUCUGCACCUACGGCUGCAUGAAAAUAAAUCUAUGCACAAUGUCAUGAGCACAAAAGAAUUGUAUAUGCCUCCUUAAAACAACUUUGUUAAUUACUUAUUUGUUCUUGUACUUAUAAGAUGUAUACAUUAUAAACAUUUAAAUAUUUGUAAUUCUAAUUUUAAAAAAUAGCACGUUUGACAUUUUGUGGAAAUAUAUGUUCAAUAAUCAACUAUCAAUCAACUCUGGAUUAGAAAUUUGUAAUAGAAUUCAAUUCAUGAGACAAGAUGAAGAGAGCUGUAUACUGUACACGUACCACUUUUUUGGGGGGAAUUCAAUUUCUUGUUAACGAAAAACAUUUUUUACGAAACCAAGGACAUUGCUUUAUGCCAUGUAUAUAUGUAUAAUGAUAUAAUGAAUUAGCGUUUUACUAAAUGACAAUUCAAAUCCAUUUUUAAAUGUUGAAAAACCAAUAUAAACCAAAUAUAAAUUAUAUCGCUAUAAAUAAAUAAAAAAUGCAGUUACAUUACAUGUAUUUCCAUUAAAAAGUAACUAUAAUUAUGUAGAUCAUCUUUUAAUGUGAUUAGAAUUAUGUUAAAACCAAUAAAAAUAGCAUAAGAAAAAAACGUUUUUUUUUUCUUUAUGAAUAUUUCUUUUAAAGCAUAGUAAAGUAAUUGUAGUUAUUUAGGACUUUUUUUCAAUGUUAUUAGAAUAAUUUUAAAAUCAAUAAUAAAGGAAAAGGAAAAAACAUUUAUUUUCUUUAUAAAUAUUCUUGAUACAUGUAACAGAGAGGUGAAGCAUUUAAACGAGUACGUUUACGGGUACGUGUGAAGCUACAAGUCUGUUUACACGUACCAAAAUUUGGUUGUAUAAUUCUAAGUGUACGCGUACGUGUAAAAUAAUUAGAUUCAACGUUUUGAACAUGUUCAGUUUACUCUCAUUGUUUAUGAAAUAAUUCUAUGACUUUGAUGAAACCAAAAUCAUAGUUGUCCUUAAUUAAUCGUCUGCUUUACAUUACACAACAUCUUUUAUACACUUAGUCUAUAUUCUUAUAAAAAAUGUUUUCACCUACGUGUACUGUUGAUUCUACACGUUAUGUACAACUUGUAGAAUUACGCGGUAUACGGAAAAUGUGACGCAAUACACAUACAAUUUGGGGAUUUCCCUAAUUACACGUACUCAGACACGUACACGUUGAAAUGCUUAACCUCUCUAAUAUGUCAAUUGAUGCAACUAUUUAGUUUGAUUUCCUAUAAAUUGAUAAAAUUUUUGCCAGCGAAAACCAAGGAAAGACAAACGACCAACAACAAAAGUAUAAAAACUUGUAGCAAAGAUUUAAACAAUACUCAAUUGGAUUUCAAUCACUUAUAUAAAUGUACAAUCUAAAUUUGCUUUUUAAAUGUCGUUUGCUAUACUCAACCCAUAUUCAAUGCUAAAUGGUUAUCAAAAUUUGGUAAUUUAUAGAUAAAAUUGAAAGAAA